GCCCGGUGCGCCCCCGCCCCACAGGUCUAGUCUCUGGUGCAGGUUGGAAUGUUGCCCGAGCUCCUCCUCCUCCUCGGCCCAGAGUCGGUGCUGCGCGCUCCAAGUUGGCCGCCAUGGCGGAGAGCGAGCCGGGCUGCAGCAGCCCCAGCACGUCGCUGUCGCCUCUCGGUGACCGGAGCCGCCUAGAGGCGGCGAUCCUGAGCGGCUGGAGGAGCUUCUGGCAGUCCGUGGGCAAGGAGAGGCCGGGGCACGGCGCCACGCCGGCGGACGAGGAGGAAGCCAGCGCCCUGACAAGGCUGCCGAUUUAUGUACAGUUGUACAUUAUGUCAUUUCUUUCACCCCAUGAUCUGUUUGAACUGGGAAGGACAAAUCGAUAUUGGAAUGCAACUGUACGAGAUCCUAUGCUAUGGAAAUUUUUUCUUCUGCGGGAUCUUCCUUCUUGGUCAUCUGUUGAUUGGAAGUCUCUACCAGAUCUACAAGUCUUAAAAAAACCCUUAUCUGAAGUUAUUGACAAUGAACUUUAUGAUUAUAUGAAAAUGUAUAAAAUGAGCUGUCCGAAUACCAGAAGACACUUGAAAUCCAGUCGCCACAUGUAUGGAGCUGUUGCCUCUUUUUUGCAGUCACUGAUCCUUCAGACAGAACCUCGAUUUGCUAUGUUUGGACCAGGUUUGGAGGAGCUGAAUGUAUCUUUGGUGUUGAGCUUGAUGUCUUGCACGGAACUUUCCCCAAUGGCUGGUUUACCUCAAAGGCAGAUUGAUGGCAUUGGAUCAGGAAUCAGCUUUCAGUUGAACAACCAGCAUAAAUUCAAUAUCCUAGUAUUAUAUUCAACCACUAGGAAGGAAAGGGAUAGAGCAAGAGAAGAACAAACGAGUGCAGUCAACAAAAUAUUUAACAAGCAGAUUCCAGGAAAUGAUGAACAGAGGGGCCUAUACAGUGUGAUUCCACAGAUUCAGAAGGUGUGUGAAGUGGUGGAUGGGUUCAUCUAUGUUGCAAAUGGUGAAGCUCACAAAAGACAUGAGUGGGAAGAUGAAUUUUCUCACAUUAUGGCAAUGACUGACCCAGCCUUUGGAUCUCCAGAAAGGCCUUUGUUGGUUUUAUCUUGUAUUUCCCAAGCCACUGUAAAAAGGAUGCCCUGUUUUUAUUUGGCACACGAGCUGAAACUAAAUGAACUUCAAUUACCGUGGAUGGUACAGGAUGUGGAAGCUGAAACUUUAACUGGGUUUUUGAAUGGCAUUGAAUGGAUCCUUGGAGAAGUUGACUAUAAACAUCCACGGUGAUCCUUCUCAUGGGCACUGACUUAAGGACUAAGCCAUUUGAAAUUUGUUUUUAAAGACAUGAUGUAGGUGUUUCCUCACACUUGCUUUGCUCUUUCCUUGGUUUUCUGCCAGGUGAGAUUGAAAUGGGCAUAGCUGUAACUGCUGAGUUUUCCAUAAUAAAUCUAGCUUUUAAUUUUAAGUGAAUUACAAAGGAAAUGUUUAUGUGGUGACAUCUAACCCCUUCCCAAUGAAUCUUUUUGAUAAUUUUUAUUUAAAAUUUCCUUAUCUUAUUGUCCAUAAAUUCAGAAAUAUUAGUUUUGUUAGGGGUCUUUGUUCUAAAUUUUUUAUUUCUAUCUUCUACUCUAUUAAUUGAGAGAUUGUAAUUUUAGGAAGAACCUGGUUUUCCAAGCUUUCUAGGGACUUUCCUGAAGAUCCAUAAAACACUAUCAGGGAAGAGAUACCCAAUUUUUAUAUGCUGCUAGGAAAUAAUUGGUUGCUAUAGUUACAGUGAUAGCUCUUAUGCUGUACUAAAGUCCAUGUGCUUUUUGAACAUUAGUGGAAACAACUUUUCUUGGCAGAUUUUCUGAUUUUUUAUAAAGUUGGAAAGCUUAUGAUGUACCAAACCCACAUUUUAUAUGAUAAAUGUGGAAAAUAUAUUUUGGAAUUGCACCUGUAAUUAUCAAACUUUUUUUCAUACAUUGUUAAUAGCAUAAUUGAAAUCUAAGAAAUGUAAAAAUUUUAAUAAAAAUAUAAAUAUAUGCAUGCCAGUGUAACAUUUAAAUGUAUUUCUGACAGGAAAAAAUUGGUGCUUGAAAUUAAUUUUUGUAAGUACCUGGCCUAACCUCUCAAAUUAAAUUUAUAACAAUAUCACUCUUCACUAAUGAAAUUAGAUUUUGUCUGGUCAAUUUGCUGAGUUACCCAAAGUGUCUUUAAAAUUCUAGUGCAGGGGGCAGCUAGGUGGUGCAGUAGAUAAAGCACUGACCCUGGAUUCAGGAGGACCUGAGUUCAAAUCCGGCCUCAGACACUUAACACUUACUAGCUGGGUGACCCUGGGAAAGUCACUUAACCCCAAUUGCCUCAUCAACCCCCCCCCCGAAAAAAAAAACAACAAAAAAAUUUCUAAUGCAGGAUUAUUUAUUACAGGAAAAUUAGUGAAAGCAGUAAUUAAGAUGGAGUAAGAUGGAGGUGAGGAUAAGGGCUAGAAACUAAAAGAAUGUUCAUUCAGUCAUCCAUUAAAUGACCAUUAUGCCUAUACUCUGAACGUUGUUCUUCUAGACCAUUCUUCCAUGAACAAACAUUCUUUUUUUUUUUUUUUUAGUGAGGCAAUUGGGGUUAAGUGACUUGCCCAGGGUCACACAGCUAGUAAGUGUUAAGUAUCUGAGGCCGGAUUUGAACUCAGGUACUCCUGGCUCCAGGGCCCGUGCUCUAUCUACUGCGCCACCUAGCUGCCCCUGUGAACAAACAUUCUUAAUCUCUGGACUCUGGCAUUCUGAUAUAGCCUAUGGACUCCUCAGAAUAGUGUUUUUAAAAGUGUAAAGUAAAACACAAAGUAUUACAAAGGAAACAAAUUAUAUUGAAAUAGAAUUAUCAAAAAAUAUUUUUAAAAGUUCAUGAACCCCAGGCUAAGAAUUCCUGUUCUAGACAUAGGGAGAUAUAAAAAGAUAAUUCUGAUAUAAAAUAAAGGAUUAGAAUAAGUUACUCAUCAUAAGGAAUGGUUUGAAAUAUUUUCAUAACUCUUUUUAAAAAUAGUUUUUAUUUUUUUCUCAAUUACAUGUCAAGACAAUUUUUAGCAUUCAUUUUUACAAGAUUUUGAAUUCCAAAUUUUUCUACCUC